AUGGAGAUGCAUGUGGCUCAAACCUUCACCAAGACGAAAAGUCCGCUUCCGUUAUCGUUGUUGUUGCGUCUCAACGGAUUGCUCAAAAAGUCCGUUUUUUCCAGAAAGUUUUACCAGGAGAUCAACGACAAAGUCUUGAGCAAGUCCUCGUCUGUCGAUGCGAACUUGUACUUCAUCUGCUACUUCACCUUGUUGUUGAGCGCCAUCUUAAACAACAAGCCCAAGAUUGUCAAGUUCAUCAAUCAACAAAAAAUCAAUGUCAUCAAGUUGAUAAACCGCAACUUCAACACAUCUUUCAGCACCGACGAAGCCAUCAAGGAGAAGGUGAGUGCCUCCGUUGACUCCAAAACAUACCAACUGAAACUUGCCGUUCAUUUGAAGGCUAUCUCGUCCUACAUUGCUGAUGUGAGAAUCUUCAACCGUCUCACAGAGUCCAUCAAGUACAUGCCAUGGAUCAUUGAUGAGUUUGCUUCUAUGACCAACCCUGCAUCCGCAGUUCCUAAGUUUGACCGCAUCAUCAACUUCCUUCAAUCCAUCAACUGUCUUGUCUUGGAGCUUUUCGAGCAUGCUGGAUGGUUGACUGACCACAACUGGGUAGGAACAAGUGACAACGACGGCUGGUCCAUGUUCACCUAUGUCUGGUGUUCGAGAGUGUGGGGUGCUUACUUGGUGAUUGAAGUUUUGGAACUUUUGAGAAGAACACCUUUUGCCAAGUGGGACAAGAACUGGCGCUUGGCCGUGUUCAAACAGGCUAUUCAGCUUCCAUUGGUCGUCCACUGGUCGCUUUAUGAAGGCUGCUUGACUCCAUUCUGGGUUGGUGUUUGUGGCAGUGGUGCCUCCUGGUGGGGCUUUAGAGAUAUGUGGAGCUCGAUUGAUUUGAGCUAG